AUGCAUCUUUCUAAAGAAUCGCGCAUUCAGAUGGCUAUUUCAGCUUAUCAGAAAGGCCAGGUUAAAUCAAUUAAACGCGCUGUGGCCCUUUUUGCUGUCCCCGAAAGCACUGUACGCGACCGGCUUCAUGGUGCUAAAUCACGGUCGGAAACACGCGCCAAUGGUCAUAAACUGACCGAAUUCGAAGAGGAAUUACUUCUAAAGCGAUUAUUAGAUGCAGAUACGCGAGGAUUUCCAAUUCGACCCGAAUUUCUACGUGGAAUGGCCCAGGUUUUACUUCGCAGUCGUUUACAAGACCCUACCGCAGCUAUCGGAACUAACUGGCCUUAUAACUUUGUUAAACGCCAUCCUCAGCUCCGUACGCGAUAUACAAGGCGUAUUACCUAUCAGCGCGCAAAGCAGGAAGAUCCAAAGGUUAUAGGCCCGUGGUUUGAGACCGUACGAGCGACUAUUCAAGAACACGGCAUACAUGAAGACGAUAUCUGGAAUUUCGACGAAACUGGCUUUGCAAUGGGAGUCUGCUCUACUUCAAAAGUGAUUACUGCAGUAGAGCGAAGCGAGCGACCGCGCAGAGUUAUUCAGGGCAAUCGUGAAUGGGUUACAAUCAUCGAAACAAUCGGGUCAAGAGGCGUAUAUCUACCGCCAGUCAUUAUAUUAAAGGCAAGCGUUCAACAGGCUGCCUGGUUCCAAGAACCUAAGCUGCCUCGCGACUGGUGGAUUUCUACUAGUCAGAAUGGCUGGACGACUGAUGAAAUAGGCCUUCUCUGGCUGAAAAAUGUCUUUGAACCGCUUUCUAAGCGCUAUAUGACUGGUGCAAAGCGCUUGCUUAUUCUUGACGGCCAUAGUAGUCAUUUGACUGCUGAAUUCGAUGAUUUCUGCAAGCAGAAUGCAAUAAUAUGUCUCUGCAUGCCUGCCCAUACUUCACAUCUUCUUCAACCGCUUGAUGUGGGCGUUUUUGGCCCGCUUAAAGAGGCGUACGGAAAGCUCCUUGAAGACCUUAUGGCUGCUGGCAACAACCAUAUUGAUAAAGAAGACUUCCUAUCGCUAUAUCCGGACGCCCACAAGCAAAUCUUUACUUCGGCCAAUAUCUGCAGCGGCUUUAGAGGAGCAGGGCUUAAGCCGCUUGAUCCAGAGCAUGUUCUUUCCAAGCUUACCUUUCAACUGCGUACGCCUACACCACCACUAGUUGAAGGCUCAGUUUCCUCUGCUUUUCAGACUCCGCAGAAUACUCGCCAGCUGAAUCGAAAGGUUCGAAGCCUGCAGAAUAGCCUUAAUAGAAAGCGGCAGCUUUCUAGCAGUCCUAUUGCGCAUAUUCAACAUCUGGAGAAAGCAGCGCAAAUGGCGAUGCAAACUACCCUUCUUUUGCAGCAAGAAAUUAGGGCUAUACGCGCUGAAAAUGGACGACAACGUCAAAAAAAAGCAAGAAGACGUGCUGAGAUAGGUAAUGACCGCCUUCUUAAUGUGCAGGAAGGUGAAAACCGCGUUCAGCAGCUUGAUACGCAGCUUAAUGAGCAGCCUGCGGAAUCUACUCUAGCGCCUCGUCGACGAGCUCCGCAGCGCUGUAGUGGGUGUGGAACAAUCGGACAUACAAUUCGAAAUUGCCCUAGUAGAUGGCUAUAA